UUAAAAGCAGAAGUAAACAGAAACAGCGAGAAGGCAGCGCUUACUCCGUUCCUCUCCCCCUCUGAGUCUUAUUCCCCUCUGACCGCGAGUCUCUCCGUCCUCCGCUGGCCGAGUCCGGGGCUAUGAGGGUCCGCUAGUGUCCGGCGGUCUUCCCGCUGCUGCUGCCCGCUGCGGGUUCGCUGGUGUCAGUGUAAAUGCAGGCGGACGCUGCUGUGGCUUUUCUCCGCAGAGCCCGAGAAAGUGCCGGUGUGAGUCAGUCUCCGGUUUGACCGGGAGUCCCGGGAUGGCCUCGGUGAGAGUGGCCGUGAGGGUCCGGCCCAUGAACACACGUGAGAAGGAGCUGUCUGCCCAGAGUAUCAUUGAAAUGGAAGGAAACAAAACCACCAUUACAAAUGUGAAAAUUCCUGACGGUGUGACUGGAGACUCCAUGAGAGAAAGAACUAAAACGUUUACGUAUGAUUUUUCCUACGAUUCGGGUGACCGCUCCAGCACGCGAUUCGUCUCACAAGAGAAGGUGUUUAAGGACCUGGGUUCAGAUGUGCUGAAAGCAGCAUUUGAGGGUUAUAAUGCCUGCAUCUUCGCCUAUGGUCAGACUGGCUCAGGGAAGUCUUAUACCAUGAUGGGGAACCCUGGAGACUUGGGGUUGAUUCCUCGGAUUUGUGAAGGUCUGUUCGCCCGUAUAUCCGGGAUGACCCGCCGAGAUGAAGCUUCUUUCCGAACAGAGGUCAGUUAUUUGGAGAUCUAUAAUGAGCGUGUGCGGGACCUGUUGAGGAGGAAGCUGGCCAAGACGUUUAAUCUGCGAGUCAGAGAGCACCCCAAAGACGGCCCUUACGUAGAAGACCUGUCGAAGCACCUGGUUCAGAACUACGCAGAUGUGGAGGAGCUGAUGGAGGCGGGAAACAUCAACCGCACCACGGCCAGCACCGGCAUGAAUGACGCCAGCAGCCGCUCGCACGCCAUCUUCACCAUCAACUUCACACAGGCCAAGUUUGAUGCAGAGAUGCCUUGCGAAACGGUCAGUAAGAUCCACUUGGUGGAUCUUGCGGGCAGCGAGAGAGCAGACGCUACAGGAGCCACGGGCGUCCGCCUCAAAGAGGGGGGCAACAUCAACAAGAGCCUGGUUACCCUCGGCAACGUCAUAUCCGCCUUAGCUGAUAUGUCUCAGAUUGGAGGGAACAGUCAGUUGAAGAAGAAGCAGGUUUUUGUCCCGUACAGAGACUCUGUUCUAACGUGGCUCCUCAAAGACAGUCUGGGUGGAAACUCCAAAACCAUCAUGAUCGCAACCAUCUCUCCUGCAGACGUGAACUACGGAGAGACCCUCAGUACGCUACGCUAUGCUAACCGUGCCAAAAACAUCAUCAACAAACCCACCAUCAACGAGGACGCCAACGUGCGGCUGAUCCGCGAGCUGAGGGCCGAGAUCGCUCGCCUCAAAGCCCUGCUGGUUCAGGGAAACCAGAUAGCGCUGCUGGACUCUCCCACGGCUCUGAGCAUGGAGGAGAAACUGCACCAGAACGAGGCCAGGGUGCUGGAACUGACGAAAGAGUGGGCGAAUAAAUGGAACGAAACACAGAACAUCCUGAAGGAGCAGACUCUAGCUCUUAGGAAGGAGGGGAUUGGUGUGGUUUUAGACUCAGAACUUCCUCAUCUGAUUGGCAUCGAUGACGACCUGCUCAGCACUGGCAUUAUCCUCUACCAUUUAAAGGAGGGGAGAACGUGUGUAGGCCGAGAAGAUGCCACCAACGAGCAGGACAUUGUUCUUCAUGGUUUGGGUCUGGAGAGUGAACACUGUCUGUUUGAGAAUCAGAAUGGGACUGUAACUCUGAUCCCUCUGAAUGAAGCUCAGUGCUCUGUUAAUGGAGUUCAGGUCACCGAUCCCUGUCAGCUGAACCAAGGUGCGGUCAUCCUGCUGGGCAGAACCAACAUGUUCAGAUUUAACCAUCCCAAAGAGGCCGCCAAACUGAGAGAGAAGAGGAAGAGUGGUCUGCUGUCCUCAUUCAGUCUGUCGAUGACUGAUCUGUCGAAGUCCUGUGAAAACCUCUCUACUGUGAUGCUCUAUAAUCCUGGGAGUCUUGUCCUCCCUCCUCUCUCCAUCCUUCUCUCGCUCCAUGCUCUUCGACGCCAUUGCUGUCUCUACACAGAAAAGGUGCCAAUAUUUUUCAGACUGGAGUUUGAGAGGCAGCAGCGAGAAGAGCUGGAGAAACUGGAGAACAAAAGGCGUCUCAUUAAGGAGAUGGAGGAGAAGCAGAAGAGUGAGAAGGCGGAGCUGGAGCGCAUGCAGCAGGAGGUGGAGUCUCAGAGGAAGGAGUCAGAGCAAGUGCAGCUCCGCAUCCGCCGGCAGGAGGAGAGCCUGCGCAGACGCAGCCAGGACAUCGAGAGCAGGAUGAGGGAUCUGAUCGCAGAGAAAGAGCGUUUUCAGGAGGAGCGCGAGAGGGAUCAGCAGGAGCAGGAGCAGCAGAAGCAGAAGAAACAACAGGAGCCACUGCAGAGCCAGCAUCAGCUGGAGGAGUCCCUGCUGGAGGAGUCCCUGCUGGAGGAGUCCUUGCUGGAGGAGUCCCUGCUGGAGGAGGAGGUGUUAGAGGUGCUGGAGGUGCUGGAGAUGCAGGAGGAUGAGGAGGAGGUGCAUGCAGAACAAACAGAGCUGUUCAGGGAGCUGGAACGGCUCAAACGGGAAAGAGAGGAGCAGGUGGUUAAAAUCCAGAUGGAGAGGAGGCGUUUGGAGGAACGUGAGCGGGAGCAGUUGACCCUUGUUGGUCGCUUGGAGGAGCAGCUGCGUGAACGCAGCGAGGAGGCGGCAUCUCUACUGUCGCAGGAGGAAGCGAGGAGGCUGCAGGAGGAGCGGCGCAAGCUGGCCGAGAUCAGAGAGGAGCUGCUGGUGGCCAAAGAGGCGCGGCUGGACGGACAGGAGGAGGAGGACGGAGGAGAGGAAGCGCUGAGGAGGGCCAGGGGGCGCUACAGGCGAUUCAAACAGGAGCAGGUGCAGGAGCUGGAGGCGCUGGAGGAGGGGCUGAUUCAGCAGAAAGAACGACUGGAGAAGGAGGUGGCCAACGAACGAGCCUCCAUCAGCCUAAUGCAUCACACGCACAGAGAGAAACAGAGACUGGUGUUCGAGGCUGUGGAGCACGGAGCUCAGGACGCUUCCUCUCUCCUCCAGGAGGAGGCCCUGCUGUCUCAGGCUGAACACAGGCUGCAGUGUAAAGAGCGCCAGCUGUUCUCUCUGUGCCAGAACCACCUCCCCGCCGUCUCUGAGGAGCGCCAGAGGGCUGAGGAGGCGCUGGACAGGAUGUGGGCGAGAGGAGCAGGGGGCAGGAGUGUGGAGACCGAGCCAAGUCCAGAUCAGGUGGAGAAGGAGCUGGACGAGACGCUUUAUCAGAUAGAGAAGGAGUUGGAGGAGAAGGAGGAGCGCCUGUCCCAGCACAGCGCCAGCGCGGAGCAGCUUCAGCAGCUUCAGCAGACGUACGAGUUCACAGCGAACGUGGCGCGUCAGGAGGAGAAGGUGCGGAGGAAGGAGCAGGAGAUUCUGGAGACGCAGGAGAAGCAGCAGAGGGAGGCGCUGGAGCGAGCGGUGGCGCGACUCGAGAGGAGGCACUCCGCCUUCCGCAGGAGCCUCAGCCUGGAGCCCGAAGCUGAGGACGGCCGCCGGAGGAGCAUCGUCACCUUGCUGGGAUCUGAACUCGACCAGGAGAGGAUGGAGAGGGAGAUCGCUCAGCUGAAGCAGAGGAUCAGCGAGAGUGAGGGAAGUGGACGGAAUCUGUCGGUCAGUAGUGAGGAGAAGAACGGAGUAGCUAACUGUCCAGUGAGCCCCAUCCAGGGCCUGCCUGCGGUGCUGCCUUUAACGGACGACAGGUUAAAUGCGUUUAUUGAAGAGGAAGUGCAGAGGAGGCUGCAGAAGAUGAACCUGCUGAAUGGAGACAACAUCAACAGCCUCUCACUCUCCUCAGACUCGCUGCACGAGGAGGAGGAAGUUAGUGAGAAUAACAAUGUUAAAACGAAUGCUGAGGACAGCUAUAUGCACCGCAUGGACCCCCGCAGACUGAAGUACGAGCGCAUGGUGUCUAUCCAUUCGUGUCCCAGUCCAGACAGUCUGAAAGAUCCGGUGAGGAUCAGCAUCCCACGCUACGUUCUGCGCGGACAAGGCAAAGACGAACACUACGAGUUUGAAGUCAAGAUCACAGUUUUGGAUGAAACGUGGACCGUGUUUCGGCGGUACAGCCGCUUCAGGGAAAUGCACAAAUCCCUCAAAAUGAAAUACCCAGAGCUCGCAGCACUGGAGUUCCCUCCCAAAAAGCUCUUUGGUAACCGGGACGAGAGGAUGGUUGCCGAACGACGAAAUCACCUUGAGCGCUAUCUGAGAAACUUUUUCCAGGUCAUGUUGUCCUCCUCCUCUUCCUCUCCUCUCCGAGCUGACGACUCCGGCAUGCAUCUCUCCAAACACGCCCAACGACUGUUGGUGGAGAACAUGAUCUCAGUUAUUUAUGUGUUUGUAUGUAUAUUUGUUCUCAAAACAUUUCAUUUUACUGGCAAGCUGAUUGUUGAAAUUCUGCUCCGUCUACCACCCCAUUAAAUUCAUACAGUUGA